AUGACACCGCUGAUGUGGUCCGCAGCUCCCAUGCCCAUCGCUCUGGUGAUCAUCCCUCUCGUCCUCAUCGGCGGGGUUGUAGGAGCCAUCGGCUUCGCGUCGCAGGAGACGGAUGACAUGAGCCCUGCUGAACAGACCAAAAGGCUGAACUCGGAGGCGCGGGAAAGGAUGGAGAGGGACGAAGAGCUCAGGAAGAAGAUUCUCGCGACAGAUGUUUCCGGUGCCAUGUACCGCGAGCAGUUGAAGGUCAAGGAAGCCAACUGA